UAUACGGAGGAGGAGGGAGUACUAGUCCCUUUGCACUGUAGAGGAAGACAGCUCACGUCUGUCCACAUUCUGCGGCUUUUUCGGUUCGGUCUCUCGGUCGGUGGAAGAGCGAGACCUCUCACAGGAGGUGGAGUUCGCCGUGCUUAAGCUACGCGGGACCAGUCGUCUCUUGCGAUGUUAACAGAGAGCUGAAAAGACAGACCUCCUUGCUCCAAUACAUGACAGCGUACACAAGUCAUGGAGCUCCACAGAUCCUUGAGCUUGUGGAUAUUGUGUUUGUGUCUCGUUGGAGAAAGUUGGACUGAAAAGCCAAGUUCACCUACACCGGUGGACAGUCAGCUUGCUGAAAAUGGAAUGCGAGAUUUUUGUCGCAUUGAUGAGCCACUAUGCAAGGAUGAAAAUGCCUUUCUCACCUUUGAAGCUAUCCGUAAUAUCCAUAAGCAGAUGGAUGAUGAUGCAAACGGCAAUGUAGAUGUCGUAGAGACAGAUGGCUUCCUGAGAGAAGAUUUAAACUACCAUGACCCCAAGGCCAAACAUAACAGCUUCCAUGGGGAUGACCAGUUCAUCAGUGUGGAGGACUUGUGGAAUUCAUGGAAGGGCUCUGAAGUGUAUAAUUGGACAGUGGACAAGGUGGUGGAAUGGCUCAUCAGCUAUGUGGAGCUGCCACAGUAUGUGGAUGCAUUUCGCAAGAUGAAUUUCAAUGGAAGUGCCAUGCCAAGGCUUGCUGUAAAGAACACCACUCUGACACUCUCUAUUCUGAAGAUUUUGGAUCGAAGCCAUGUGCAAAAGUUGCAGCUCAAAUCGUUGGACACCGUACUCUUUGGAGCACCACUGAUGAAUAGACAUAACCACUUGAAGGACUUCAUGCUGGUCGUGUCAAUAGUCAUAGGCAUGGGUGGAUGCUGGUUUGCCUACAUCCAGAACCGCUACUCUAAGGACCAUAUGAAGAAGAUGAUGAAGGACCUAGAGGGCCUGCAGAGAGCUGAGCAGAGUCUGCAUGACCUACAAAAGAAGUUGCAGAUUGCCCAGGAGGAGCAUCGAACAGUUGAAGUAGAGAAGGUAAAUCUCGAGCAGAAGCUGAGGGAUGAGAUAAACGCUGCUAAGCAGGAGGCCCAACGAUUGAGAGAGCUGCGUGAAGGCACAGAGAAUGAGCUGAGUCGCCAAAAGUAUGCAGAAGAAGAGCUCGAACAGGUAAUGGUUGCAGUCGCAGAGAAGAUAAAGAAAAAGAGGAACACUCUCUUCGGGACUUUCCAUGUGGCUCACAGCUCCUCCCUGGAUGAUGUGGACCACAAAAUAUUAGCAGCCAAACAAGCCCUUGGCGAGGUGACCGCUGCUCUGCGAGAGAGGCUGCAUCGCUGGCAGCAGAUAGAGAUCCUAACGGGUUUUACCAUUGUCAACAAUCCAGGCCUCCCAUCACUGGCCUCGGCCCUCAACCUCGACCCCACUUUCAUGGGCGGCAGAGCUACACCUCAGCACUUCAUCAUGUCUGACGACAUGGACGACAUGGACGAGGAUAUCGUACCCGGAACUCUGCCAUAUGGCAAUCGACUGUUGGAACGGCGAGCUAGUGACCUGUGGUCCAUUGGUUCAGACUGUCAGCCCGUGUGGAAAUAUCCUGCUCCCAGUAUGAUGUCUCUGCGCCAACGCCACAUUGAUCCCCAGCUGGCCCUGGGCUCCCAGAGGUUGGUAGAGAGUUGCCUGUUGGCAGGGCAGCAGGGCGAGGGAACCCCCUACCAUUCGAGGCCUAGGGCUACCUUCAGACAUUCACGCAGCCACUCGUUUGGGCAGCUCGAUUGUCUCCCUCUGCCUCCCCUCUCCUCGGCCGUUUCUCACCCAUCCAUAAUCUUUACUUCCAGCCAAAUUCCUCAGUCGUCAUCAUCCUUAUCCUCAUCUUCCUCCUGCUUACCCAGCUUUGUGGGUGGCAGUGCAACCCCUCAUUCCCAUGCAUACCAUGCUUCUUUCCAGCCCAUGGAUCCUAUUCCUGAUUUGUCAUUCUCAGAUGUCUCCAAAGUGCACUCCUCGUGCAGCGACAGUUUCGGGGAUCUAAAUCGCUCCGACUCAGACUCCUCUUUGUCCCUUUCACAAGUUGGUGAUCGGCUGUCUGCCUACAGCUCCAAAGGCCACCUAAUCAAGCCCACUUCUCUCAUGCACGGCCUGUCCAACCGGGCAGAUGAUGCCGUCUCACUGCAUGCUCACACCCCCAAUGGAGGGACUCGUGUUCAUGAGGGAGGUCCCGACAGCCCCAUACUCAUGAAGAAGGUCUACAGCCUGGGAGAGAUCAACAGUCUGUCUGAGUCAUCUCGCUCACUCAGCCCAAACUCCACUGAACCUGACACACCAUCACCAACAGGAGGGCAGGUAGGAGUGGUGGGAGCUAAAGCCAACAGCCGCAUCCCACAGCUGUCCUCCAAGAAGAGCCCUCUAGAGGAAGAUAGUGGUUCAACAGGAGAAGAUACAGAUUCAGCUGCCAGCCGUAAGAAACAUACCUUCAAGAUCUUCAAAAAACAGAGGAAAUAAAAGCUAAAUGAACUAUGGGCUACCAAAGCUGUCUGACUGUAUUCCUCUGUCUAACCUGUUUUUGUUAUGUUUUUUUAGUUUCUAGUUUUGGGGGUUCAUUAAUGGUCACAUGAUGGCAAGAUUUUUUGUCAUUGAAUCUUUUUGUAGGUUACAACACCUACUUUGAGAGACUGUGGACUGUUUUACCCAGCUUUAUCUGCUUACACUUGGUCAAUGUUGAGUAUGUGGGGAAUGGGCAGGUUUGUAUAUUGGAAUGUAAAGUAUUAUUUAUUCUGCAGGAACUUGUGCCAGUGUCAAAGGGAAAUAUGUCUCCCACUUGUUGUUUCCUUUUUUUCCUUCUUGUUCUACAAUCUAUAACAUUUUGCAUGUCUUCACUUUUGUUUGACAGAUACUCGAAUGCUCUUAGUGUUUGCUUGGUUCUUGUUGUUAACCUGCUUAGACAACACUUGUUUCUUUUAUUACUAUCAAAACACCUACAAGUCCAAAGUGAAUGCGCACUCCUGACUAUUUUCUUUUUAUUGAUGGGUACACUUUGUCUGUUUUCUUUUUGUUGAUGUCUUGUUUGCAGAGAAAAUGACACAUUCAGGGGAUCUUCAAAUACAAGAGGUGUAUUAGAAUGCUCCUGUAUAUUACCUUUGGCUGUAAAAACAAAUGUUGCGUGUUGCUAUUUGAACUCAGUAUAUUACGAUGCCUUCUUAGGGCCAUUCUAGGGAAUAAUAAUAAUAA